GGUUCAGUAUGAACGGAACCAAACGGAACUCAACGGAGCCUCAACAUUUUACCGCUGUAACAUUCCGGACGGUUUAAUUCUUCAAUAAAAUGGGUAAGACGAAAGACGCUAGCUCAGAAGAAGAUAUGACUAUAGAAACUAAUGAUGUGUCUCCCCAAAAGAGGCAUAAAAAACAUAAGCAUAAAAAGCAUAAAAAGAAAAAGGCAACACAUGAUGGCAAUGAAAAUUUUAAUGAUGCUACUGUUGAAACUGAAAAGAAGAAAACAUUCAGAGUUAAAAUGAAGAAAGACGAUGACAAAAGUUCAGAGAAAUCUCGUGAAAAAAUGCAAAAGGUAUCCAACCUAAGUAUUGCAGGUUCAAGCGCUAUGCCAUCACCGAAAGCUCCCACAAAGAAAAAGGUUCCAAAGAGCAAUAAAGGUAAAGAUAGUGGUACUAGCAGCGAAGAGGAAAGAUGGCUCGAUGCAAUAGAAUCUGGGAAAUUGGAAGAAGUUGAUGAUGAAUUGAAGAAAAUUAAACCAAAAGAUCCUAAGUUAAUGACAGCUCGACAAAGAGCCAUGUUUGAAAGAAAAACUGAUACUGAAGCAAAUCCUGGUGUUGAACAGCUGAUGUCCUUACCAACAGGAUACAAGGAAAAAGUUAUGACAGCUGAGGCUAUACAAAAGGCUGCUCUUAAAUCAUUAAAAAGAAAACAACUUGCUGAUGAGAAAAGGGAAAAAGAUAAGAAAAAAACGAUGGAAAGAUUGCUGAAAAAACAAGAAUCUAAAGCUUCUAAAGUUAUUAGCAAAGGUAAGCCUUCUAGAAGACAAGUUCCUUUGAUUACAUACCGACUAACACUCGAAGGAAGCUCGAUAUCUUUACCAGCUGGGGAAGAUUUUCCUUUACAGCCUGCACAGGUGAAAGAACCAUCAAUGCAGGUUCUCUGUGGUGUAAAUCAAUGCAAAAAUCCAAAGAAAUAUUCGUGCUCUAAAACGGGAGUGCCUUUGUGCAGUUUAGAAUGUUAUAAAGUUAAUUUAUCAACACCUGUAUGAAUUUUACAUAAUUAAUUUUUAAUUUCAGUAUA